AUGGGUGGACAAAGCAGAGAAGGCGGCAAAGUCAAGCCACUGAAGGCUCCGAAGAAGGACAAGAAAGACCUUGACGAAGAGGAUCUCGCUUUCAAGGCCAAGCAACAGGCAGACGCGAAAGCCCGGAAAGAAAUGGCCGACAAGGCAAAGGGAAAGGGGCCGCUGAACGCUGGCCAGCAAGGAAUCAAGAAGAGUGGAAAGAAAUAG